UGACAAUUGUAAUAUAAAACAAAAAUCAAUUAUACUACAACAAAAUUUAUUAAAAAUUAUUAAAAUUUAAAAGUAUUUUCUUUUUUUAUCAAAUUCAAAAUUCCAAGUGGACAUGUCUGAAGACGGCGAUAAGGCUAGUGGUGACUCCCACAAAUCAGUAGAGCAGAAAUUGGAACCUCUAGUACCUAAGAUCCCUGAUGUGGAACUCAUAGUGGAUGGCUUCGGGUUCAUGCCGAAGGGUGGCAUAUCAGGAAAGGGGAGAUCUGGAAGCAUCUUCCAUAGGCCUUCAGCUGCUAAAGAGCCAUCGGUGACAGAGGAAGAAGGAAAGAGCCCUUGUGCUUCCAGCACGAAUAUAGACAUCGUCAGGCGGUAUACGUGGAAAACCAAAAACAGAAUGACUGUACAGGUUAUAACGUAUGGUGCUACAAUAACGUCUAUCCAAGUGCCUGACAGGAAGGGAGUGCCUGAUGAUGUCCUGGCUGGCUUCGAUACUCUUGAAGAAUACUUUCAGCCCAGGAACCCCUACUUCGGAGGCACCAUCGGUCGCUACGCCAACGUUAUCCAGGACGGGACCAUGGUAGUGCGGCCCUCUGGAAGAACCUACAUGCUCUCCACAAAUAAGGGGCAGAACCACUACCACGGCGGUUACAUUGGUUUUGAUAAGGUGAACUGGCGAGCCUACGUCGACGGCUACAAAGUCAUCAUGAGCCAUGUGUCAGAACGGUUCUCCGAAGGUUACCCGGGGACAGUGAUGGCCCAGGUGACUUUCGAAGUGACGUGUGACAAUACGCUCAAGGUGACCAUGAAGUGUACCACCAGUGAACCGACCGCCAUCAACCUGAGCCAGUCGCCGUACUUCAAUCUUGCUGGACAUCACGCUGGUCCGGAGCCAAUGCUGGACCACAUAUUCAGUAUCAACGCCGACAAGUUUACUGUGGCUGACGAAGAAGGACUCGUUACAGGCGAAAAGCGUAUCGUGGGUGGAACGGCAUACGACUUUAGAGUGCCGAGAGUCCUCCGAACCAUGUUGCCGAAGAUACCACUGGGAGGAUAUGACGUCAACUUCUGCAUAACCCAGGGCACCGAGCAAGAGUUGACGUUCCAAGCCAGAGCCCUGCACCCGAUGUCCGGACGAGUGUUGGAAUUGUAUAGCAACCAACCUGGCAUGCAGUUCUAUACUGGGAAUCUUCUGCCUGAUCCGGACAAAAUUGUCGAGCCUGAGCCUGAAGGGGAAGAAGAGCAGGAAGAUGAAGGAAGCGAGUCGAGUAGGUCAAGUGUGAUGGGCGAGAAUGGUGGCGAGGAAGAAGAGGAAAAUGAGGGUAAACCAAGAUAUGGCUACGUGCCCUUGUUGGGCAAAUCCGGAACGAUCUACAGAAAGCAUGGCCUCUUCUGCCUCAUGCCGCAGAAUUACCCCGAUGCCAUCAACCAUCGGAACUUCCCAUGCGCCGUGCUGAAUCCAGGAGAAGUGUACGUCCACAGUAUACAAUACAAGUUUGGAAUACUUUUGGGAAAAUACAUAUAAAUAUUAACAACGAUUUAAAAAAGUGUAAAACGUACUGUCCUUUGAU